GUUUUAUUGGUGUUUUCAACUAAAAUCGAUAAUUUUAUACUAAUAAUUAAUGACAUUUAAUCUAAUUUUAAAAUUUCGUAGCUCUAAAUACAACAUUACAAAAUGCCAAGGGUUUAUUCUUAAUUUAAACAAUGAAUAUUCUUAUGGAAUUACCACCUAUGCUACAACAGCUGCUUCUAGGGUUUUAAAUCUCAAUGAAAUAGAGGCGACCAAAACUAGCCAUGAAAUAUCAUACGAAAAAUUGACCUUGGGCAUUCCUAAAGAGGAUAUAACAAUAGGGGAGAGAAGAGUUGCCAUUAGUCCUACAUCUGCAGCUUUGUUGUCUAAAAAAGGCUUCAAUAUUAAUAUAGAAUCUGAUGCUGGGAUAUUUUCCAAGUUUUUAAACCAGGAUUAUGUUAAAUCUGUUGGUAAUUUAAAAAACAAAAUUCACAUUGUUAUUAGCAAAAAUGACCUUUACCAAAAUUCAGACAUUAUUCUUAAAAUUAGACCUCCAAAUGACAAUGAUGUUAAAUUGAUGAAACAAAACCAAUAUUUGAUAAGUUUAUUGUAUCCAAAUCAAAAUAAAAAGCUGAUUGAAAGUUUAUUGCAAAAAAACAUAAAUUCAUUUGCAAUGGAUUGUAUACCAAGAAUAACACGGGCACAAGAAUUUGAUGUUCUAAGUUCAAUGGCAAACAUUGCUGGUUAUAAAGCUGUGAUUGAAGCAGCUAACAAUUUUGGCAGAUUCUUUACAGGUCAAAUAACGGCCGCUGGUAAAAUUCCACCAGCCAAAGUUUUGGUAGUGGGAGCGGGCGUUGCCGGACUUUCCGCCAUUGGGACCGCAAAAAACAUGGGGGCCAUAGUACGGGCUUUCGACACCCGUCCUUCGGUAAAAGAGCAAGUCCAAUCCUUGGGAGCAGAAUUUCUAGAGAUUCAUCUCAAGGAAUCGGGCGAAGGUGUAGGUGGGUACGGGAAGGAGAUGUCUCCCGAAUUUCUGAAGGCAGAGAAACAGUUGUUCUUUGAUCAGUGUAAAGAUAUUGAUAUCUUGAUCACCACGGCCCUCAUAUUUGGCAAGAAAGCACCAAUUCUAUUCACGAAGGAAAUGAUAGAAUGCAUGAAACCGGGAUCUGUGGUGGUGGAUUUAGCUUCAGAAGCCGGUGGAAACGUUGAAACUAUCACACCAGGUCAACUCACGACUUACAAGGAUGUCACCCAUAUAGGCUACACGGAUUUCCCUAGCCGUUUACCUACCCAGGCCUCCAACCUAUUCUCGAACAAUAUCGCUAAAUAUCUACUUUCCAUGAACAAAAACGGCAAGUUUUUCGUAAAUCUAGAAGACGAGGUUAUAAGGGGUAGCGUGAUAACUUUCCAUGGGCAACUCAUGUGGCCCCCACCCGUUAAGGCUCCUCAACCUUCCUCACCCCUUCCUCUGCCCGAUCGAUCUUCCGAGAAGCAGCCAUCCACUCAACUCAAAACUUCCCAAAUCUCACCCUUCAAAAAAGCGCUCAAUAACAUCAUGCUAUACACAGGAGGCUUGACAUCGAUGGUUGGAUUGGGAACUUUAUCCCCUGGACACGCUUUCAAUUCUAUGUGUACCACAUUUGCCCUAUCCUCAAUCGUUGGUUAUCACACGGUCUGGGGUGUCAAACCUGCCCUACAUUCGCCCCUCAUGUCAGUCACCAACGCCAUAUCGGGCCUAACGGCCAUAGGAGCUCUUCUCAUGUUGAACACUCAAAACCUCUCAGAGAUUAACUCCUCCGUCAAAUUAUCUAAUUUGAAACUGACAGAAGUGGCUACCCAAUUCGCCAACUACGAAACGUCGCAACAUUUGGCCGCUCUUGGUGUGCUCCUCUCCGCGGUCAAUAUAGGAGGAGGAUUUUUGAUAACCAAACGCAUGCUGGAUAUGUUUAAAAGACCAACCGACCCACCGGAAUACAAUUACCUGUACGCGCUUCCCACCGCCGCAUUCUUGAGUUCAUACCUCGCCGCUGCGUAUUAUUAUAAGUAUCCUCACGUUCAUGAAAUAGCCGAAUUAGCAUCCGCCUUAUGCUGUGUGGGCGCCUUGGCCGGUUUGGCAUCUCAAAAAACUUGUCGAUUGGGAAACGCUCUAGGACUCACAGGUGUGUUGGGUGGUCUAACCGUCACGCUUACUUCCUUUAACAAACCUCAUCUUGCUCUUAGUAUACCGGCGGAGGAUCAUUCCACAUCUCUCUUCCUCCAAUACCUCUCCCAAAACCCUGCCACCGUCCAAUCCUUAUCGCUUCUCUCUAUCGGCGCUCUGACCGGCACCCUUAUUGCCAAGCGUAUCCCCAUAACAGAUCUGCCCCAGCUAGUGGCCCUAUUUCACAGCUUCGUAGGUAUGGCGGCCGUGUUGACCUGCCUUUCCAAUUUUUACCACAACGUCAACGCCAAAUCGUUAGCUAUCUUCGACUCCGAGCACGUUGGUCAUCAAGUGGUGAGUCACGUGGCGAAUCAAGUAAACUCCAUGGAUUCCGUGGAAAAUAUGGCUUUGGUAAUGGGAACUUUUAUUGGCGGCAUAACUUGCACCGGUUCUUUGGUGGCAUUCGCCAAAUUGCAAGGAUUGAUGAAAUCGGCCCCCACUUUAUUGCCCGCCCGGCACAUUAUCAACUCGGCCAUGGCAGCAGCUAGUGUUGCCGCGGUAGUGAUUUACAUGAAAAACACUCAAGAUUUUAACACGGGCUUGAGCUGUCUUUUAGCUACAUCCGGUCUCUCAUCCGCCCUUGGAGUCACCUUGACGGUCGCAAUUGGAGGAGCCGAUAUGCCGGUAGUCAUUACUGUUUUAAACAGUUACUCAGGUUGGGCUCUGUGCGCGGAAGGAUUUAUGCUUAACAAUAACCUCAUGACUGUGGUAGGAGCUUUGAUAGGCUCCUCCGGUGCCAUUCUCUCUUACAUUAUGUGCAAGGCGAUGAAUCGUUCAUUACCCAACGUUAUAUUGGGUGGAUUUGGCGAAACGGGUUCUUCUAACCUCGCCUUAGACGCCUCCAAAUCUGGUCUUAAGCACACGGAGGCCAGCGUUGAUAGCGUGGUAGAUAUGAUUCAGUCCGCUCAAAAUAUUGUUAUAACCCCCGGUUAUGGCAUGUGUGUUGCCAAAGCCCAAUACCCCAUAGCUGAUAUGGUCAAAAUUCUGACAGAGAAGGGCAAAAACGUUCGAUUCGCUAUACACCCCGUCGCUGGUAGGAUGCCUGGUCAGUUGAAUGUGCUUCUGGCCGAAGCGGGCGUUCCUUAUGAUAAGGUAUUGGAAAUGGAAGAAAUCAAUGAUGAUUUCACGAAAACUGAUUUGGUAUUGGUCAUAGGUGCCAAUGACACGGUUAAUAUAGGGGCAGAGACAGAUCCAAAUUCUCCUAUAGCCGGAAUGCCCGUUCUUAAAGUCUGGAAGGCUAAUCAAGUGAUAGUUAUGAAGAGAAGCUUAGGUGUGGGCUAUGCGGCCGUGGAAAAUCCACUCUUUUACAUUCCGAAUACUAGCAUGCUAUUAGGGGACGCCAAGAAAACUUGCGAUUCUCUGCUUCAAGGCAUUAAGAGCAAUCAAGAUUAAAGAAAAUCAUAAAACUUUCUUGAAUAAAUUGCAGUUAUUUGUAAAAUAUAACGAAAUUUAUUCGGUUCUUAAGUCACUUUUAUACUAUGCAGCAAUCGAAUAAUUGCGAAUAUUUUUUUUGAAAAGAAAUUCUCACGUUUUUAAAAAUGCCGUUUAUAUCUUAGAAAAAUAUUUUAAAUCAGAUUUUUAGGACAAUUUGUAAUAUGCUCAAGACAUUAUUAUAUUUAUUUAUAAAAAAACACUUAUUUAUGUUACUUUAGUUAAUUUUUUGUUUAAACAAUAUAAUCCGUCCCCCUUCAAUUAAUAAGUAGCAUUUCAUUUAUCAUUUUUAUUAUUCUUAAUUACAUUAUACAUUGCAUUAGUUAAAAGGUUUUAAAAACAAAGAUCAAACAUUUAAUAACAUAAAAAUCUUAAUAAAAUAUCUUGGCCAGCUAUUUUUUAGUUGGGUUCCCAAAAAUGAGACAUAGUUAUAUUGAUGAUGCUAAUCCCAUUCUUACUUCUUGGACAUAAACAAAUCCAUUCUCUCUUCCAUUUUUUUACUUUCAAAAAGAACAACUGUGAUUAAUAUAAAUUUCCCCCCAAAAAUACGCGGGAUAAUCGAUUGUUUUAUUCUAAAAAAUAUAUAUUACAAAUAAUAAUGGAUAAAUUACCAAAAUAAAUAAUAUAAAAUCCAAAUUAUAGCACGCAUCACGAUAUAAUCAAAAAAUUACAAAAAAAAACGAUAAUAUAUAUAACAUGAUUGAAAAAAUUAAAUAGGU